ACCCUCCCCUCUCUCUCUCUCUCUCUCUCUCUCUCUCUCUCUCUCUCCAUUUUUUUUCGAUCUCUUUCGCUCCUCCGCGUAUUGAGUAGCCAUGGGGGCUUGCGAUCGCAAUCGCUUCUUCGAGUUCUUCGUUGAGUAGAGAACUCGAUCGAUUUCGAAGAAGAAGAAGAAGAAGAGGAAGAGGAAUAGGGGUCUCUUCACUGAUUCGGCUCAAUUUCGCUUCGUUUCUCCUCUCCUUGGUCGAGUAAGAUCGUUAAUGGCGAUGGAUGAGGAGAAGGAGAACAACCGUACGGGUGAUCCGGAGCACGGACACGGGCGAAAUCAGCAACAGCAUCAGCAGCAGCAUAAGCUUGAUGUGUACCAUGAGGUCGUUCGUCGACUUAGGGCAUCGAAUGUGCCCGAGGCGCUCACCCCCGCCUUUGAGGAUGAGCUUUGGGCUCAUUUCAACAGCCUCCCUGCGCGAUACGCACUUGAUGUGAAUGUUGAGAGGGCAGAAGAUGUUCUAAUGCAUAAGAAGUUGCUGGGGCUGGCUCGCGAUCCUCCUAACCAGCUAGCUUUCUGGGUGCGGAUAAUUCAGGUAUCUUCAGUUUUCGAUGAAGAUCAGGAUGAAUCUUUUGUUUCCAACACAAUGGGCAAAAAAGUUUCUUCUGCUUUAAUGAGAAAACAAAGCAUUCAUGCACCUCCUGCUUUUGGUUCAUCUAUGAACCUUGAGGCUCUUUCUCUUGAAGCCGACAAAUCUGGUGACCAAGAUGAUGAUAGUGUUGUAGAUUCUGUUCAACAUAAUGCCAGGCCUAUUCAUGAAAUCACUUUCGCAUCGCUGGACAAGCCAAAGCUUCUUAGUGAGCUGACUUCUCUGCUUGGAGAGAUUGGACUUGAUAUUGAGGAAGCUCAUGCCUUCUCAACAAAUGAUGGUUACUCACUAGAUGUUUUUGUGGUUGUUGGCUGGCAUUAUGAGGAAACUGAGCAACUCAGAGAAGCAAUUCAGAAAGAAAUUCAUAGGAUCGAGCAAGCAUGGCCUGAUUCCUGGGCUCCUGCAAUGGAAAACAAGCGUGGCAAGCCUGACCAUGUUGAAAUACCUAAAGAUGGGACUGAUGAGUGGGAAAUUGAUGUCAAGCUACUUAAAUUCGGGAACAAAAUGGCAUCUGGAUCAUUUGGUGAUCUUUAUCGGGGUACAUACUGUAGCCAGGAUGUUGCCAUCAAAGUACUCAAGCCUGAACGCACAAAUAUGGAUAUGCUGCGGGAAUUUGCUCAGGAAGUGUAUAUCAUGAGAAAAGUUCGCCACAGGAAUGUUGUGCAGUUUAUUGGUGCAUGUACCAAACCUCCGAGCUUAUGUAUUGUUACAGAAUUUAUGCAAGGGGGCAGUGUGUAUGAUUACCUCCAUAAAAGAAAAGGUAGUUUCAAGCUUCCAGCUUUAGUAAGAGUUGCGAUUGAUAUAUCAAAAGGAAUGAGCUACUUGCACCAAAACAACAUCGUCCACCGAGAUUUGAAGGCUGCAAAUCUCCUUCUGGAUGAAAAUGAGGUUGUUAAGGUUGCUGAUUUUGGAGUUGCACGAGUCAAAUCUGAAACAGGGGUUAUGACUGCAGAAACUGGAACAUAUCGUUGGAUGGCACCUGAGGUCAUAGAGCACAAGCCUUAUGACCACAAGGCUGAUGUGUUUAGCUUUGGAAUAGUGAUGUGGGAGCUGCUUACAGGAAAGAUUCCAUAUGAAUACCUAACACCACUACAAGCAGCAGUUGGUGUAGUUCAGAAGGGCCUUAGACCUCUGAUUCCAAAGGACAUCCAUCCUAAACUUGCUCAUCUACUUGAGGAGUGCUGGCAACAAGACCCUAGUAAAAGGCCAGAGUUUACUGAACUAUUGGCGACUCUUCAACAGAUUGCCAAGGAGAUUGAUGAGCAUGCGGAUCACCACAAGGAAAAAUCAAGGUUUCUUUCAGUUCUAAGGCGUGGCCAUUGAAGUUGGAAUGCUGUCCGAUGACUCCAAUCUGCAUGUGUGUUGAUCUCUUGCAGAAAUUCUAGUACCUCCGAUGAGGUACACAAUUUCAGUGUACAGUAUUUUAUUUUAAUAACUUUGUUAUUUAAUCGAGAAUCCCAAAUGUCAGGUUGCAAUUCGUUUUUUGUUAUCAACAUGUUCUUCCAUUUCUGUGCUGUGAUUUGUUAGUUUUUUCUCAUUGACAAGUAUGUACAGUAGGAAAAGAGUUACGUAUUUUCAGCACAUAUGUUACUAAACAGUUUAAUUUUCCACAUAAGAAGUGAUAACAUAACUCAGUUGUUUGUGUUAAUCUUUUUGUCGUUAUGAGAGAACUUUUGUUGGUUUUGCAUCUUUCAA